GAGGGGGGCGGCGCCCACCGAAACCUGCCGCGCGGGGUGGUGCGGAGCAGCUGAGUGUGCUUCGCGUAGGGCGAGAUGUUGUUUUGUUGUGGCGAUCAGCUGAAUGUGGCAUCGCUGUCCGGUCUGACACAACAACAGCGGGAAGCACCCCGAGCCCCCGCCGCUCCGGCUCCCUGCCCUCCCCAAGAAACGCGGGCACCGAGAGCGACUCCGUUAUCCGGCGCAUCACAAUCCAGGAAAUGCGGACUUCUGGCCCUUUCGCUACGGGAUAAAUGGCUGCAGCGCCCGUACUGUAGCAAGCUGUGCCUGUGAAGCGUCUCUGAGGGGGAAGACCAGACUGCUCUGUCAGACCCAUUCAGAAGCUGAACGGCAAACGCUCUUGACAACCAACAAAGGAGAUGCAGAGAAGACCUUGGGAGGGAUGUUAGAAUGGCUAUGGCUGGACAGAAGCAGAGCUGCUUUGUACAGGGAAAUGAUCCAUGUUUACCUGCAUUCAUGCAGCUCCAGGGCACCUUUUAAUGAUGCCUCAUUUGGUCCUCUUGAAUAACUUUUGGCCCACACCGAGAAAGGCCCUCCGUUUUGAUUUACAACGCAGCCUGUCAAUGUUCCCCUGCCUCUGACCUCUCUGCUGCCAUGCGGUUAGCCCCAUGAGGCUCCAAGAGCCCUUCCUUGCGUGUCUGUGAGGCCUCCUCCCCACUCUAUGGAGGCUGAGCCCAGCCGUCCGGCUGAUGGGGAGCGCUCUGGAAGGCAAGAGCAGCAACAUGUAACGGCUGAAUCCUCGCUAGGAUCUUGUCCACCUCAGCAGCCCCAGCAGCCUCCUAACCCUCGUCCCGUACAUAGAGCCUUGGGCCGCCUGCAGAAUCGCCAACCCAAACGCACUGACCUUCUGCUUCGGUUACAGCAGCAACAAGCGGUAGGAUGGCAGCAUCCAGACAGCCCAGGUCCCUCCUCAGGAGGCAGCUUCUAUUCCCCAGCUUCCUCGUCAACCUCAUCCCUCCGCUCCACAUCCUCCACCCGGGGUGAGCCUGGUCACGGGGUCCUAGCUCAGUCCAGCCAAGAGGGCCUAGAAGGGGUCAGCUCACCCCGAAGAGGGGAGAAGAAACCCCAGAAACCAGGGAAAUAUGUGUGCACUUACUGCGGCCGUCCAUGUGCCAAGCCAAGCGUUCUUCAGAAACACAUUCGCUCCCAUACAGGAGAAAGACCCUACCCUUGCGCCCCCUGUGGCUUUUCUUUCAAGACCAAGAGCAACCUGUACAAGCACCGCAAGUCCCAUGCCCAUCGCAUCAAAGCAGGCCUGGCAUCCAGCCGUGAUGAGCCCAGUCUGAGUGGACCAGAGGGCAGUGGCGUUGGAGAAGACCCUGAGGAACACACAGAGGGAGAAAGCACUGAGUCUGAAGAGGAGACGGGCCAGCACAGAAAGUCUUCUAAGGAGAUGUUGGGUCAACAGAAAAAAGGUAGUAAGGAGGUGCUGGGAGGCUCAGAGGAGAGCCAGAGGCCUGAAGACUCCCAGGCUGUCAAGCAAAGGCUGGCACUGAGGCUUAGUGAAAGGAAACGUGGACCCAUGGCUUCGCCAGAUGACCCUCCUUCCUCCCUCUCCACCUCGUCUUCUUCUCUAGGCCCUGGCAGUAAAGGCAGCACAGAGUCUGGCUACUUCUCCGGAUCGGGCAGCACUGACCUGUCCCAAGUCAGCCCUCCCAGUGCCAGUGCCAAAACGUACGCAGAAAUUAUCCUAGGGAAAUAUGGAAGACUGGGAGGGCAGCAGCGCAGUCCCCAUCAGCAGCAGCCUCAUUCUUCGCUUUCUUCAUCUUCAGGAACGGAGGAAAAGAGCAUUCCUUUCGCCGUACCCAAAACCCAAGUCAUAGAACACAUCACGAAGCUCAUCACUAUCAAUGAAGCAGUAGUAGACACCAGUGAGAUUGACAGCGUGAAGCCCAGACGUUCUUCUCUGUCCAGGAAGAGCAGCAUGGAGUCACCUAAAUUUAGCGCCCCUAAAGAUCCCUACGCGUUCGAUCCCAAAGGAGAAACCCCCGGCCCCAGCGGUUUGAGGCACCUCCACAAUCCUGAGGCAGAUCCAGCAGGUAGCCAGGAGCUGUCGUCAGUGCCUCUGCUCAGAAGCCACUCAAUGCCAUCAUCUACCAGCCAAGGAGAACCCUCCACCUCUGGCACCAUGUCUCCCAGAGGGUACCGUCUCUGCCAGUCAUUCGACGAGCAGCAAGCGGUGGUAGCAGAGAUGAGAGUUGGCCAUGCCCAGCGCAUGCUGAGGCGCCAACCUGCCAUAGAAGUCCCCCUGGGAGCUGAGGUAAUGCUGGAGGAGGCCGGUCCCACCUCCUCCUCCUCCUCCUCCUAUUCCUCCUCAGCCAGAGCCACCGAACUAACCAGGCAGCCGCAGCAACAACAACAGCAACAGCAAAAGAUUCCCAGCCUGUUUGAAUGUGAAGCAUGCAGGGCUCGCUUCCAACACAGCGAAGGCUACGAGGCACACAGGGGCAUUUGCUCGGGACAGCAGACACUGGAACAAGAGAGUGGGGAUGUGGGUAAAACAUGCAGGGAGGAUCGCCCCCAGAUGAUGAUGCACUAUAAGUUCCGGGCCCUGGCUAUGGCUGUGAGGAAGAGGAGGAAAGAAGAGAGCCUGGAGGAGGACCCUCCCAGCCCUGGGUCUGUAACCAUGUCAGGCAGCUCCGCGGGCCUCAUUCCAGUGCCAAGCAGACCGGAGCACAGCCAGGCCCUCUCAGGUGUUUCUUUACAGACUGAGCCAAAACAACAGCAGCAGCAGCAGGACAGAAAGGGCGUGUCCGUCAUCCAACACACAAGCUCCUUUGAGAAGCAGGAGAGCAUAUCCAUGGAAAGUCAGGAACCAGACCUCAGAGAGAGUCAGCAAACACAACAACCCGAGCCAAAACCGUCACCCUCCACAUCUCGCCUCAUCCGCCAGCCAAACAUCCAAGUGCCAGAGAUCCUUGUUACUGUUGAGCCUGAUGCUGACAUGCCAUCUGUGUCACCGCCAGUGACAGCAUCCUCAUCCAAGGAGGCUGAGAGAGUGGAGGAGUUCCAGUGGCCUCAGCGUAGCCAGACUCUGGCCCAGCUCCCUGCGGAGAAGCUGCCACCAAAGAAGAAGAGACUCCGCCUGGCAGAAGCAGCCCAGUCCUCGGGGGAGUCCAGCUUUGAGUCUGUGUCUCUGUCUCGCAGCCCCAGUCAAGAGAGCAACAUCUCCCACGCUUCCAGCCUUUCUGCUUCUUUCGAGGACGCGGCGAGAUCGGAGGGCGCCGCCUGGGCCGUUAGCAGCCAAAGCUCCCAGAUGCUGAUGGUGCCGCCCGCUUCCCACCAACACCAUCAAAGCCACAAGGAGAUGAGGCGCUCAGCCUCAGAGCAGGCCCCGGCCAGUCCCCAGCAAACAGAGCAGAUCUCAGAGACCAGAAGUAAGUCUUUUGACUAUGGGUCCCUGUCCUCUCAGCAGUCUACGUCUGCCUGGAAAGAACGGAGAAAGUGUCUCCUUGUGAAGCAUGCCACCUUAGGGGAGCCUGAGCAGGAGGAAGGGGCCAGCAGAGCAGAGAGUCCGAAGCCUGGGCCUUCCCGUCCCAUCCUUCCUCCUCUCUAUUCAACCGAGGCAAGCCCCCGGUUCAGCCUGGAAGCCACAGGGAAAGCCUUGCAGCUGUUACAGCCACAGAUCUUCCCGCCCCCUCAGGAUGUGCUCCCUUUGCAGCCCAGAGCCCAGCAAGCAUUCCCUCCAGGAUCGCUAUCCCAGCUACUCCCUGUCACCACAGCCUUCCCUACUGAAGUACUGUCCACCCAGAUCAUCCACAGAGCCUUCAUACAGUCACAGUCGGGACCUCCACAUAUACAAAUAAACCCAGCGCAGAUCCACAUGGCAGAACAGUUGGGAUUACCAUUCCAACAGCUUCCAGCUUUGGUUCCUCUCCAGUUCUCAUCCAGGACUAGAGCUAGUCAGACUCUGUACUUGCCUGUUCCUCCAAGACUUCCUUCCCUUCCCGCUGCAGAGAGCAGACCCUCCAUCUCGUCCAUGUCUUCUGACCUUACCCGUCAAUCCCUCGUAACAAUCUCCUACCACCACCCACAGCCCGUUAUUGCCACAUGUCUGGCUCAGCUCACACCAGUAGUGUCCCUUGUGGUGCCAGUGCGCCUCCAGACCCAUAUACCUACCUAUGCCAGUGCCAUGUAUACCACCCUGUCCCAGAUCCUGGCCUCCACCCGCUCACAGGAACCCAUCUCUUGCACAGCUAUGGUCAUUAUGGGCCAGGUGGAGCGGGAAAAACUGCAAAGGUCCUACUUGAAGGUCCCUUCUCCAGACAUCAUUCUUCCCCUGUCCCUGCCUACCGAGCUGGCCUCAGGAUCCGGGGAGGGAUACGGUCCAUUGGGGGCUGGAGGAAGUAAACGGAUGCUUUCUCCUGCAGCCAGUCUGGAACUCAGCACAGAGGCUCAGCGUCACCAGAAAAGGGUAAAAGAGGAAGGGGAGGGAGAGCAACAUAAGGCAGGAGAGGAGGAGGAGGAGGAGGAGGAGGAGGAGGAGGAUGGCGUACAACAGAAGGUAAGAGAGGAAGAGGAAAAUAAAGCCACUGGGAGAAAACUGGAAGAGGGAGAGAGGAAACAGCCAGAGAGGGAGGAGGUAACAACUGUGAAAGCGGAUGGGAAACAGGAGCAAGUACCAAGGAAACAUAACAGGGAGGAAAAGGAGGAGAUGGGGAAGGAGUUGACUGAAAAGUCAAGUCAAAAAAAGGAAGAGGUGCCGGCUGCGGGAGAGGGGGUCGGGAGACCGAGCACCCCUUCGUACCCCAGCCUCCACACCUCCACUACAGUCAACUGGUGCUACCGGAACUAUGUUAAGCCCAACCCAUCUGCCCAGAGGGACCCCCGCGCCUCAGUUUAUUCUACCUGGAGUGUCAGCGCUCACAACCCCAACUUGCCAGGCCUCAGCACCAAGGUGGUCUUGUCUCUGUUGUGCUCCAAACAGAAGCACAGCACAGAGACGUACACUAUGGCCACAGCCCCAACCCCAGCCAAAAGUGAACUGUCCCCGUCCAACAGGACCCCACAUGUGUCGGAGGUACAUGCCACCCCACCCAGCACCGUCACUGAAGUGAAGGAUCAGCAGCAGCAGCAGCAGCAGCAGCAGCAAGAGAAUGAGGAGAACAAAGAGAUGAAAGACGAGGAGGGACCCUCCACCUCCAAACAGGGCGAGCCCUCUCGUGUUCGCAUCUUUGAAGGCGGGUAUAAGUCCAAUGAAGAGUAUGUUUAUGUGCGAGGUCGUGGCAGGGGAAAGUACAUAUGUGGAGAGUGUGGCAUCCGCUGUAAGAAGCCCAGCAUGCUGAAAAAGCACAUUCGAACGCACACUGAUGUCCGUCCGUACAUUUGCAAACACUGCAACUUUGCCUUCAAAACCAAAGGAAACCUUACUAAACACAUGAAGUCAAAGGCUCAUGGGAAAAAAUGCCAGGCAAUGGGAGUAUCUGAGUCAUCACUGGACGAGCCGGAGAGCGAGGAAACAGCAGGAAGCGAUGAACGCGUGUGUGGCUCAGAGGAACAGGAGGAGCACCAGUUUUCCGACGUGGAGGAGUCUGAGGACGAUGAUGACAACGAUGAUGAUGAUGACGAGGAAGAGGAGUCUGCAUCCCACGAUGACCCGCCAUCCUCCUGCUCGUCAGACACCCACCUAUCCACAGGAGGACAUUCCAGCUGCAGUAGGCACUCUAAGCAGGGCACUCCUGACCCCGAGCACCCACCGGGCCCCAGUCCCAGCCCCGGUAAGGAGCGCUCCCCGAGGGGAGUUUGGCCCAGCAGCAGACGAGCAGCCUCUCCGGGCAGCAGGAGAGCUCUGUUCUCCCGGCGGGGCUGGAAGGCGUCGCCGAGAGCCUUCUCCCCCAGCAGCGAGAGCUGCUCCCCCAGCCGCAGCCUCUCUCCCCGUCUGGAGCUGUCCUCACCCAUCCACAGCCUUUCCCCCAGGACCGAGCUGUCCUCACCCAGCCGGCACGUCUCGCCCUCCCCCGAAAGAGGACCAUCUCCUAUCAGACCCCUUUCUCCUCUUCGUCCCAUUUCACCUAGCUGCUACCGGUCAUCACAAGCUCGGACCCCUCCCCCACCACUGGGGUUACAGCACAGGACCACUGGAUACCUGCCUUGGGAGAGUCCUAGCUCAAAGGGUAGUCAAUUUAAACUGGAGAAAAGUGGUACAGCAGGCAAAGGGUCAACAUUUCCAGAAGCCAGCUUGUUUCCACCUGCUUUUCGUCUGUCCACCUGUGAGGGUUACCCUGGCCACCAAGCAGCAGACAACAUCUUCAGCCAUCUUCCCAUGCACUCCCAACAAGCCAAGGUCCCCUAUCUGAUGAUCCCCAUCGGAGGAAUCCAAAUGGUACAGGCCAGACCCAGGUCCCACCCCACCACCCCCUCGUCCCCAACGUCUCCCCCCAUGGAGGGGCCGUCACUGGCCAGGUUUGAAUCAUACUGGGGCGGGACCCCCAGAAUUCAAGGGCUUAGGACUCCUGGAGACCACUGGUCAGAGCACCAGGCAGCAGGAACCAGCCAGUCAGGGCGGUGCAGUUUUAGCACAGCACUAACGUGUUCCAAACCGGAGUUGGAGACCACAGACUCAAAGCAAUAUGGCAGCUCACAUAGCUCCGCCCAGAACCGCAGGUCUGCUACUGAGACCACCGAACGCUGCGUCAGAGACAGUUGUUCGAGAGCACCCCUCAGUCGAGCAGCCUCUGUAGUCUCGCGUGUCACUGGACAGCAGGCAGAGGGGGAGGAGCCACCAUCUGGUAGUGAUCUGGUGGAGGGAGGAGCUAAAGGAGACUCAGCCAGAACAGACCAGAGCACUUAACAGUGUCUACACCUUGAUGCAUCAUGCAUCCCAUUUUGCUUUAUUGGUUGCUACACUAGUCUUGUUUUUUAUUGCUUUGUUUUUAUACAGUUUUCAAUACUAUUGUUAACUUAAAUGUUUGUUCCUUGGCAAUAUUCAGGUUUGUUAUAAAAAUGCACUUUUUUCUUUGUGAAAAUAAUGUUUCUGUAAAUCGAUAUAUAUAAAUUAUAUAUAUAUAUACAUAUAUAUAAAUAUAUAUAUCCUUCCUGUAUUUCUAAUGAUACAGGUAAUCUUAAUGUCUGUUUAAAUAUAUGUAAAAGGAAUAUGAAUAAAUUUGUAAAUGACCAAAAUCUUUAAUGAAAAAUAAUUCCAUUUUUGUUUGUCCAGAAUUUGUCCAGUAUUAUUCAAACUAUAGUUACUUGUGCCUUUUCUGUCCAGGUUUGCUUUUUGAGAUGUACAGUACAGAUAGACAAAGAGAAGGCUGUGAAAUUUUUCUAUUCGCUUUUUUGUGUUGUUCAGGAGGGUUAAUAUUUGGUGUUUUGAUUGUUUCUGUUCUAAAGGCCAUUGCUUUAAUGCCAGGAUAACCGAGAGUUGUGGAAAUUUUGAAGGAGCAGUAGAAACGUGCCAGAGGAAAUGCACUGAAGAUCUAUUUUUUAUUACAGAAGAUUUUAGAUUAGAGUAUAUCUCUGUACAGGGAAGAGCGCUCCUUAUUUAUUGUUAUUUCAUGACAAUGAUCAUUGUUUCAAGGUUGUUUUUUCUUUUCUUUUUCUUUUUUUUUCUUUUUUUUUUUUUACUUUUUGUUAUUGGAAAAAUGUUUUUUUUGUUACAUCUGUGUGUCUUUUUCAUGAUGUUUGUGACUUGAAUUGGUGAAAAAAAAAAAGAGGGAUUGUGUUUGGCUGGUACCGGAGGAUCAAGUGCCCUGCAGAUUUCACACACAGCAAAAUUUCUAGUCACUGAAGAAAUAAAAAAUGCACCAGA